UCUUGACAGUGAAGUGUCUGGACUUGGUGUUUGAAGGUUGUACCGUUUUAGAAAUGGUUUAGAUAAUUGUAAUUAAUUCAUAAUUAUGAUAAAUAAAAACAGGAGCGAAAUUUGCUUUGAUAAACAAUAAUUGUGAGAUAUGCUUUGAAAGUAUUAUCGUGAAUCUUUAUAGAAAUACCUUUAGUAAAGUAAAAACUGAUCUCGACAAUGGCUGGUAAUUUUUGGCAGAGUUCACAUCAUCAGCAAUGGAUACUGGAUAAACAAGAUCUCUUUCGAGAUCGACAACAUGACUUAGGAAAGCUAACUGAGGAGGAAUACCAAAAAAUAUUCAAUUUUUUCGCUAGCAUCAUACAAGUGCUAGGAGAGCAAUUAAAACUUCGACAGCAAGUCAUAGCCACCGCGACCGUCUACUUUAAAAGAUUUUAUGCCAGAAACUCGUUAAAAUGUAUAGAUCCAUUGCUUUUGGCACCUACUUGUGUGUUCCUAGCGUCUAAAGUAGAAGAGUUUGGUGUGAUUUCUAAUUCAAGACUGAUAACUACAUGUCAAACAGUAAUUAAGAACAAGUUCAGUUAUGCAUAUGGGCAGCAAGAGUUUCCUUACAGGACAAACCACAUAUUAGAGUGUGAAUUUUAUUUACUCGAAAAUUUGGAUUGUUGCCUGAUUGUCUACCAACCAUAUAGGCCCUUAUUGCUCUUUGUGCAAGAUAUACACACACAAGUGCAGGAUGAUCAAAUUCUAACUUAUGCUUGGAGGAUUGUUAAUGAUUCAUUGAGAACUGAUGUUAGCUUACUUUAUCCUCCCUAUCAGAUUGCCAUAAGUGCUCUUCACAUAGCUUGUGUAAUGCUUGGCAAGGAUAAUCUAAAGCCAUGGUUUGCUGAGCUUAACGUUGAUAUGGAUAAAAUCCAGGAAAUAGUGAGGACUAUAAUUAAUUUGUAUGAGAUGUGGAAGAGUUAUGAUGAAAAGAAGGAAAUCCAAGGCCUAUUGGGGAAAAUGCCAAAACCAUGUCCUGCUCCGCAGAGAUAAUGUUCCAUACUUACAAGCAUUCUGUAUUGCUUGAUGAAAUAUAAUAAUUAUUUUAGGAGA